AAAAGCUCGUCGAAAAAGCUGAAGCGAUGCACGAAGGCAGAACUGACACGAAAAACGUGUACAGUUUUCCUAGUGGAGGGAUGUGAGACUAUGCCAGCGAAAAAGCUUAGGGAAAUUGUCUUGUGUGCCAUAGCUAUGCAGCGAGAGCAAUCCGUCAUAUUGGUCCUCGGGCUAUCCGAAAACGACAGCCAAUUCCUCGGCCUGGACGACAUCCUGCAGCCGUGUGUGAUGGACAUGUUGAACGUCGUCUCAGUCUCUGUGCCGCUGAUGCACUCGAAGCUGUUGAAAAACGAUGGGAAUUUAUCCAACCAAGACCAGGAUUUUUCGUCUAUGAUGUUUAUUGGUCCAGAGGGCUUGAAGCUAGUGCGAAGUAUUUACAGGAAUGUGGAUCAUUCAGCGAGUCUUCUGAAGGAACGAACUCGGUUGAUGACUUUACUGGCAAUGAGCAGGCGACCGGAAACUGCAUUGCGCUUUAUCCAGCCGAAAGGGAAAGAAUGCGUAUUUAGCAAGGAGGAUUGCGAAGUUUUCGAAAAUCUGGAAAGCCGUAAACAACUUCCCGAGUCGAAAAUAGAAAUGGGAAAAAGUUUGGCUCUUGCUUGUGCCAAAUUUGACCAUUGGAUGCUUGAGUGGACCAGUGCAAUGCGGAUUUUCUAUCGGUUAACGAUUCCUACGCAGACUUCUGCUACGCCUAAGAGCCUAAAGGACAGUUUGCGCGACUCGAAAGAUCCGUUGACCGAGAACAACGGAGAGAAAUUGCAGCGACUCAAAGCCGACAUAACAAAGAAGACUUCAUUCGAUGACUUGAUUGCGGUACUUGAUAGCGCCUUGAGUGAUGCUUGUCGUCUGAAACGAAAAACAAAGCAAACUGAAUCGCCCCGGCUGCAAAGGCAAGAAAGGUGUUUGAAGUUUGCCAUUGAGAGUCUGGAAAAGGCACGUGACUUGAAAAAGGAUUCCUCGCCGGUCACUCUUGGAUGUGUAAAAGAAAAGCAAUUAGACGACAUUGGUCAAAUGAACGCCUGUCUCCAAAUUCGACAUCCUGUCAACUCAUAUCAGAGGCAAUUCAAAGAAUCAGAAUAG